AUGCAGCGCCACCUGCUCCUUUUGGUAUUUUCGUUGGGCAUUCUAGUGAAAUUUAGCCAGGCCGACUGCAAUAUCUGCUCCUCUGAGAGCAAUGUAGCCUGUGUAUCCGAAAAUCAGUACCAGAACUGCUCUGCGAAUGCUAUUCCAACCGGUACCGUUUAUACUUGUCCAAAUAACACAUAUUGUUCGGCAAUGCCAGAGAAAUGCACUGCGAACGAGGCUUUUGCAUCCUGCAAUGAUUGCAAAAAGUGUGACGGGAUUAUACCAUUCGCAUGUACGAGUCCCACAACUUUUGCACUUUGCAAUGCUGUAAAUGAAAUAACAAGCUAUGAGUUUUCCUGUUUGACUGGAGAGGUGUGCCUCUCACAAAUUGGCAAUCCUUGUGUGGCCUCAGUAAACGGCACAGGUGCCUCAUGUUCCUACUACGCCGUAGUCGAUGAUUUGUGCACCCAAAAGGCGUCCACGGGUCGCUAUCCACAUCCCAAUGAUUCCAGCUGCUUAAAAUACGUCUACUGUUUUCGCAAGGGUUCCACCUGGUCCGGAAAUAUCUGGCAGUGUCCUUCAAGUAAAGCGUACUUCAAUGCCACCACUUCUAGUUGUGUAGCGACUAAGCCAGCAACAUGUGCCUAAUUCAUUGUUAAAAGUAAUGCUAUACUUGGAUAGUUUGAAUAGAGUUUUUAUCAUUGGA